AUGGAGAAAGGGGUCGUGGAAAGCCUUUGGAAUGGUAAUAUAGAAACUCAAAUUCAAGCAGCCAUGCAACUUUGUAGAUUAUGCAGGAAGCAGAGGCACAAUUUGGCAGAAACUGGAGUUAUGGUUCCUCUGAUUUCUAUGCUUUAUUCUGAAAACUAUGAAGCCAUAGAAGCUGCUCUGUGUGCUCUUCUCAGCCUUUCCUUUGGCAGUGAACGAAACAAGAUUAGGAUCAUCCAGUCUGAAGCUUUGCCAAUUUUCCUGAGUCUCCUCCAUUCUCAAAGCCAAACAGUGGCACAAUUGACAAUAGCAGCCAUGUUAAUCCUCUCUUCUUGCAAGGCAAAUAAGGUAGCAAUUGCUUCAUCUGGGGCUGUACAAGUAUUGGCUGAAUUUGUUAAUUGGGGCAGCACUCAGUCCCAGCUUGAUGCUAUAGCUACUCUCCACAACCUCUCAACCUGCCAAGAGAUUAUACCAUUGAUUGUCUCUUCCGGUGUUAUACUCUCCUUGCUUGAACUGAUUCACAUAUCAGUAAAAUCAUCUCCAUUGGUUGAGAAAGCAAUUGGGUUGCUAGAAAAUAUUGUCUUUUCAUCAGAGAGUGCACUUUGUGAGGCUGCAAGUGCUGGGGGAGCAAUUGGGAUACUGGUUGAGACUAUUGAAGAUGGAUCUUUACUAGGAAAAGAGCAUGCAGUGGGUAUACUUCUCCUUAUAUGCAAGAGCUGUAGAGAAAAGUACAGAGGAUUGAUUUUGAGAGAGGGAGUGAUGCCAGGAUUGCUUCAGUUAAGCAUGGAUGGAACGCAGAGAGCCAAAUCCAUGGCUCGAGAAUUGUUGUUGCUUCUGAGGGACUGCUCCAAUUAUAGCUCAAGACGUAGGCAAAUUAAUCGUGAGCUUAUAGAACAGAUCAUGGAAGAAAUUGAUGCAGAAGGAGAGGAAUUGACAGAUACUACUUUCAGGUUGGUAGAGGAGAUGAUUGCGAAGCUCAAUUCAUGA